CCGGGCAGUUCGACUUUCGUUUCUACCUCGUUAUUCCUUCUUUUUUUUCCACACCUCUAGUUUCUCAUUAUUUUUUUUCUUUUUCUCAUUAUUUUUUUUUUGUUGCCCUUUACCGGGUGAACAACGUCAAUGUUGAGGCAGUGUGAAAGCCCAGACGUGCGUGUUGGUCCACGGCAAUGCGGACACCAUGUGCUCGUCGCCAAGUGCAAAAAAACGUGACGAUGGGUGCGAAGAUCUGGCAAAACGAAAAAGCCGCAGCCUACGUAAACUCGUCGUAAAUGGCAAUAAUAUGCCAAAGGUUAUCUGACGUAAAUAUUAAUUGGCCAUUUACCGGAGUGCCUUUAAGUACAUGAGUUUUGAGUGCUUAACUCUGAGGGUGUACUUUGAGUUGGACGGUUAUCGGCAACGCCUCGCAGAGGUGUCAACGGGAGCAGCUGACGCUGUUUGAGAGAGCAUAUAGAUAAGAUUGGCGCCAUAAAUCCGGAUAAAACAACAGAGAGGUAUCGGCGAAAUGGGGAGUGUCGACGGCGAACUCGAGGAGAUAAUGUCGCACCUGGGCGAGUUCGGCAAGUACCAAGCCUGGCAGUUCUCGCUACACGUGAUCGGCGGCCUAACGGCAGGCCUGCACAUGCUCACCCUGAUGACGGUCGCCGCGGUGCCCAGCCACAGUUGCGACCUCUCGGACCUCCAUGACCCCAACACGACCCUCGGCCAACCACUGGACAGCUGCAGGUACCUCGACGCUGACAACCGGACACGGGCGUGCCAGGCCUGGAUCUACGACACGAGCUACUACGAGUCGUCGCGCGCCAUCGAGUGGAACUUUGUGUGCUCGCGCCGCUGGAUGGGCGCCGUGGCCCAGUCGGCCUACAUGUUCGGGGUGUUCGUGGGCGCCGUGACCCUCGGCAGUAUGGCCGACAAGUACGGCCGCAAAAUCAUAUUCUACGUGUCCUCGGUUUGCCAACUUAUCUUCGGAGUCCUCGUGGCCGCGGUACCCGAGUACUACACCUUCCUGGUGGUCCGCUUCCUCUACGGGAUCUUCGGCUCGGCGGGGGCUUACAUAACGGGCUUUGUCCUCACCAUGGAGUUGGUCGGGCCGUCAAAGCGCACCGUUUGCGGUAUGAUGUUCCAGGUGGCGUUCGCGGCCGGUUUCAUGCUGGUCGCUGCUUGGGGCGCCAUCAUCAAGGAUCGGUUCUGGCUGCAGGUCACCUACGGCCUGCACAGCGCCCUCCUGCUCGGCCAUUGGUGGCUCAUGGACGAGUCGCCCAGGUGGCUGUGGGCCCAAGGCCGCGUCACCGAGGCCCUCGACAUCGUACAGAGGGCGCUGCGUUUCAACUCCAGCCCCGUCCAGCUCAACCUGGCCAAGUACUCGGGGACGACGGAAGAGCGGGUCAACGGUACUAGGUCGGGGUCCAUCUCAGGGCCUGAUGGUGAGCAGCAGCAGCAGAACAGCUAUGGAGCCACGGAUUUGCUGAAGACGCCGAAUCUCAGGCUUAAAACGCUCAACGUCUGUCUUAACUGGUUCGCCAACUCCAUCGUCUAUUACGGGCUGUCGCUCAACACGGGGAACUUGGUGGGCAACCCCUACCUGAUGAUGUUCCUCAGUGGGCUGGUCGAAAUCCCGAGCUAUGUGCUCUGUAUCUUACUGAUGGACCGAGUGGGUAGGCGCGCCCUCAUAAGCGCCCUCAUGCUCGUCGGGGGUAUCUGCUGCAUAAGCGCCGCCUCGAUAGACAAGGACGAGCCAGGUAUGGCCGUGUACUCGGUUGUGGUGGUUCUCUUUGGCAAGGCCUGUAUAGCUGGGAGCUUUGCCAUCGUGUACAAUUACACGGCCGAGCUUUUUCCCACGGUGUUGCGCAACACGGCCCUCGGCGUGGGAUCGAUGUGCGCUCGGCUCAGUGGCGCCCUCACCCCGAUGAUCAUGCUCCUCGACUCGUUCGACCCGAAGGUGCCCGCCACUGUGUUCGGCUUCGUGGCUCUGUUGGCUGGUUUUUUGGUGCUUUAUCUGCCGGAGACGCUGAACCAGCCGAUGCCCGAGACCCUCGAGGACGGGGAGAACUUUGGUCGGGGCGACACUUGUUUCACGACAUGCUUCAAGCGCAAGGUUAGGGACAAGCAGGCCUACGAGGUGGCGCUGCAGAAGAUCGACGAGCCCGUCUAUCAAAAGUGCUGAUACAGUAUAAUCUUUUCUGCCGUGUUUUUUUUUUCCAAUACUUUAGUCGCCAAGUAUAGCGUACAGGGAGCAUUUAUUUAUAAAAGUAUAAGUUGUCGACACGGUAGCCUAUAUGAAAUUGGGUUUUGAUGUCUACUCGAUUCCCAGCCCACGACUUCUGUAGCUUCAAUUUUAUUUAAUUUCAAUCGCCAUUCGAUGGUUCCUGUGGGAACUUGUAUAUACAAAAUUGGUUCCUGUUGCUGCAGUGAAAGUGAUUAAUCAAUAACAAAUAAUAAAAGCGUAUGAGUUUUUAAAAACCUGAGUAAUGUACAUCGACAAGUGCAGCGAAUGUUCAAUAGUUUAUACUGUAAAUGUUUGUUCCUUAUGGAACAUCAAAGCGCGCGUUGUGUACAAUUAUGGUUUUUAAUAAUUAACGGAGUUUUUUUUUUCUUUUUUUUUUUUUUACUGCAAACACGGCUAAUGCGUUUGAAGGCCAGGCGAUAGCUCCUACGAUUGUGUGCGUUUAUUGUUAUCUGUUGAGCAGUGAAGUUCCAAUAUUUACGCGCAAAAUUUUGCAAUUUUUUUUCCCUCACGAAACAACGAACAAUAUUAAAUCUCUUGAUACUGUAUACGUACUAUAAUAAUUAAAUAUAUGUUUUAGCUCAAAUCAAGUUUAUUUUUGUAUAGCUAUCGUAGCAAAAGUCAGGAGUUCGGAUGUAAUUAUUAUUUUUGUAAGUACAACAUUAUGUGCCUUUGCACUCGAAUAGUUACAAAACGUAUUUGCAAGAAUACGAACACAGCUGAAAAUACUCUUGCCCAGUUUGUUGCAAAUUUUAACAAUUUUUAUUUAUUUAAUUUUUGUUUCUUAAAUAUUUUAUGAAACAAAAUAAACUUAUAUAGAUGUACUGUAUAUUAAAAGAAAGUAAUUGUCAUGAUGUGUAAAAGUUUAUUAAUUUGUUAAUAGCAUCUUAGGCUGUGUGUAGAGAAAUGUUUCGUGCAUGUGUUGAUUCAUUGUAAAAACGUAAUGAUAUUACGUAAUUUGUGAGCCAACAUAUUCCUACGAGAUUUAAAAUAUAAAGAUAUAGUCAGUAGGUAAGAGUAUUUUUUUGUUUA